AUGGGUACUGGUAGAUCCAUUAUGUCUGAUGAAGAGAAGGGACCACAUGAUCACCAGACACAAGAUCAGGCUGAGAAAAAUGCUCCUGAGCUAAUUGAGUCAAGUGGUUCUCAGAGUAAAGAAGAAGGAGGUGCUGCAGUGAGCCCUGAUGAUUCAGAACAGCAGGGAAAUGCAGUUAAAACUCCAAAUGCAAAGAUAAGCGACCAGAUGACCUUGACAUCUACCGUAUCUUGUGAACCAGCAAAAGUGAAUUCAUCCAUACCCAAAGAGCCUGGAAGUCCACAGAGUGCCCAUGAUGUGAAGUGGAUAGAUUGGCAAGACUCAAAAGUUCCUGUUGUGACACAGAAUGAGAAUGGCCCUUGUCCACUUGUGGCCAUUGCCAAUGUUCUCUUCUUGUGGAAGGUGCUCACAUUGAACUCUAAUUCAAAAGUCAUUGCUGCCUCUCAGCUCAUGGAUAUGAUUGGGAAUGCCAUCAUUGAACGUGUCCCAGAAAGGCUGGAGCAUGGAAAUCGGUUGGACUAUGAGCAGAAUAUGAGUGAUGCCCUGGCAAUCCUCCCUCGACUCAUGACUGGCUUGGAUGUCAACAUCAAGUUCACUGGGUUUGGCACUUCUUACUUAUCUCCUCUGUACACUCCGGAAUGCAUCAUAUUUGAUCUCUUGCAAAUUCCUCUCUACCAUGGCUGGCUGGUGCACCCUAACACACCAGAGGCCGAAGUCAUUGGAUCUGCAUCUUAUAAUCAACUGGUGGAUCAGAUUAUCACACAAAAGACCUCACUUGAUUCUGAGGUUGUAACCAAAGAGAAUUUCUUGGAAACUACAAGUUGGCAACUGACCUACCAUGGCCUUUGUGAACUUGCCAGCACAUUGAAGGAUGACGAAUUGGCUGUCCUCUUCCGGAACAACCAUUUCUCAACUGUAUACAAACACCGAGGGGAGUUGUUCCAGUUGGUGACAGACCAAGGUUUCCUUGGGGAGGGGAAGAUUGUGUGGGAGACACUUUCAAACAUUGAGGGAGAUGGUGUGUUUGUGGAUGGUGGGUUCCAUACAGUGCAUCUGAAGGACCACUGCCCUAUCCCCCCUCCUCCCAUCCCCCCAAAUACUGAACAGCAGAUCAACCAUGACUACCUGCUGGCCAUGUCCUUGAUGGAGGACCAGUCAAAAAGUACUCAAAAGGAGGAGGAAUGGAGAGAAUACACUCAAAAGUUGGGACUCCCAGAGGAUGCCUCUGAUGAGAUGCUGGCAAGGCAGCUCCAGGCAGAGGAGAUGGAGAAGGCAUCUCGACCUGCCACUCAGUCACCAUCGAAAACCUCUCAGGGCAAGGAGGGGAAAAGGAGUUGCAUCUUGUUAUGACGACCCCAUGUGCUGGGGAUUGGGAGAGAAAGGUCUUUCAUAACUGAGGAUGCCAGUCCUUCUUUCCUCUCCCAUUUUCAUCAUUGAUUCACAUUCACAUCCUUACUCCUGCAGCAGGGUCUGUCCUGGUCCUGUGAUAUCAUAUCCCAUUGAGAUGUUUUGAAAAUCUAUUGAAGAUGAUAAGCAAGUUUCUAUGUUUCCUUUUCCUGCCCUUCCUCCCUGGGGUGAUUUAUUUCUAGUGUAUCCUGAUCUUACAUUACCUUGUAUCCUGUUAUUUUGAAUACCUGGUGUUGUUUUGCAUAAUGCACAGUGCCCCAUGCCUCUUCUAAGUGCAGAUACUUAUUUGCUAAUUGUUAGAACUUUAAUUUAAUAUGGCAAAACUGUCUCUUGUUAUCAAUGAGAAUUCUCCACUCCUACAGCCAUGUUUGUCUGUUCAAGGCAUAUUUUUAUAAGGAUUUUGUUCCUGUUGCCCAUAUUUUUAUAAAUGGGAGGCAUUUAUGGUUGUGGCUGAUAGAUCUGUGGCCCAGAUCCAAUUAUCUGAAAAUCUGGAACAAUUCUGAAUUUCGUGCGAUGCCUAAGAUCAUUGAGCUUAGACUGCCUCUUCCAUGCCUUCUCUUAAACUUUCUUUAGUUCUGAUCUUUUAUUCACAUUGCAAGACCCUGAUUGAUGAAUUGCCCUGUUCCUUUCUUGGUUCAAAUAUCUGCCCUGGCUCUUAAUUAUUCACAAUAUGGAGAAUAUUCAUCCCUUUGUGCUCAGCUAUAAAAGACAAGGUAACAUGUGAAGUCAGCCUCAGGUUGGGCUAACUGGAUUUGUCCCCAAUGUACGGAAAUUCAUUAUUAGUCAGUUGGGUUGACAGAAUGAUCCAUUGUUGGCCACCUGACUCACAAAGAUUCAUUGCCUAAUUGCAGGUUGCCUAAUUCAAUUCAUCAUUGUGCUUGCUCCCUAUUCUAGUCAUAAUUACAGGGAUAACCUUUAUCGCAAUAGGAAUACAUUUUAGGUUAUGAAAGUUUUUCCAUAGUGACAAGAAAAAAUGAGGGAACUUGGCAGAAUCAUGAAGAUCCUUGACAUUAUUUUGCAGAGGCCAAUAAUAAUCUCUAUGUGGUCGCCUGAUGGCCAUUCAUCUGGAAUUUAAAUUUUUUCUUAAGUAACAUGCAUAUCACAAAGUUAUUUGAUAUGCUGUGAUGUUAAUUGUUGGAUAAUUUUUGCUGGCAUAUGAAUAACAUAAUUCUGACAUGUCAUAUUCAUGGAAAGGUCUCAUUAAACUUACUUGAAAAUUAAACAAAAUCAAUGAAAAUCAUUUAUCCAAUAUAUAACUUUUCUGAAGGUUUAAUUUUCAAUGUCAUAUUACCGCUUGAGAACUUGGAGGAGGUGUUUGUACUUUGAUUUCUUGCCUUUCAGAGUGCUCUUUCUUCAAUAUUAUACCUCUUUCUCUCCUCCCCAUCCCUUUCAUGGAGGAACUGUCUGUUUUGUAUCUCCAUUUUGGUUUAUUUUUCAUUCUCCAUGAAGGACAAGAAGUGAUCGUGUUGUGUUCGACAGAGGUGGCCAUAUGUGGUCUCCUGAGUAGUGUUGGUCUGUGAUCGUCUUCAAUAUCCUGUUAGCUUCAUUACCAGCAGGCCCAUUCCCCUCUUGUACAGUGUGUCUUUCUAUGCCUAUUUUCUUUGUCACUGUUUUCCAAUGAAUGCUCUUAUCCAAAUAUGGAGUGUCAUUUUUGGUCCUUUUUGCACCUGCCCAGAUUUUUUAUACAAAACUUGUUGAAUAAAGAUGAUUCGAGAUGCCA